GCAGCUGCCCGCGCUGCCCGGCCCCGGCCCCGCGCCCAGAGGACUGGGCACCUCCACAUCACCCUCACCCUGCACCCAUGGGCCCAGCGCUGCGCUGGAUCAGGCCUUGAGCCCGCACCAAGGGCCGGGGCUGCCCCCACCCCCUGUGCUCCCACCAAGCCUGAAGUGCUCCUGUGCCUGGACCGCGGCAGCAUGUCGACAGAAAAACUCAAGCACCACAAAAUCAUCUUCGUGGUGGGUGGCCCCGGCUCAGGGAAGGGGACCCAGUGUGAGAAGAUCGUACAGAAAUAUGGCUACACCCACCUCUCCACGGGGGACCUGCUGCGGGCAGAGGUCAGCUCAGGCUCAGAGCGGGGCAAGAAGCUGCAGGCCAUCAUGGAGAAGGGCGAGCUGGUACCCCUGGACACGGUGCUGGACAUGCUGCGGGACGCCAUGGUGGCCAAAGCAGAUGUGUCCAAGGGCUUCCUCAUCGACGGCUACCCCCGCGAGGUGAAGCAGGGAGAGGAGUUUGAGAAGAAGAUCGCCCCCCCCACGCUGCUGCUCUACGUGGACGCGGGGAAGGAGACGAUGGUGAAACGCUUGCUGAAGCGAGGCGAGACCAGUGGGCGGGUGGACGACAAUGAGGAGACCAUCAAGAAGCGUUUGGAGACCUACUACAAGGCCACCGAGCCUGUCAUUGCCUUCUACAAGAGCAGAGGUAUCGUCCGCCAGCUCAACGCCGAGGGCUCCGUGGAGGAGGUUUUCCAGCAGGUCUGCUCCCACCUCGACACCCUGUAGCCGACCCCCUGGCCCCGCUCCCCCCGCCGGCGCGCUCCGGCAGAGACAGCGGAAGCGGCUUUAUCCUGUUUUCGUGGACGGAGCCACGCGAAGGAAAUUUCAAGGACAUUGUGUUUGGCUCUUUCCCGUCUCUCCCCAGUAAAGUUCACUUUAAUGA